GCGGUGGGGAUUCCCCGAGGGAAGUUCCCAACUUCGCUAAGUAGGCUAUGUAAAAACACACACUUCGCCAUAUCCUCAACCCCACUUCCUAAGUUUAUGUAUGUGCGUGUGUGAAGAAGAGCAUGUUGUCCACUCAAUAAAUUCGACUUUUAUCCCCAAUGAAGGUCCCAUGUCUGCUCCGUCAGUGAUGAUUGUGGUGCACGCGGCAUGGAGAGGAACAUUGGAGACCAACUCAACAAAGCUUUUGAAGCUUAUCGACAAGCCUCAAUUGAAAAGGACAACGCCAAAAAGGAGCUGCAGCAAAUGACUCAAUAUUACCAGCAAUACACUCAAAAACUGCAGAGGCAAAUAGAAGACCAGCAGCAGCUGAUUGCACAACUUAAAGCGCAGCUGUCCACAACAAGGAAACCGUCAGGGGAGGUGAAAUGCGAGUCGUGCAACCGUCUCAUUGAUGGGGCCAACGCAUAUGGGAAAACACAACAUCCGGAGACAAUAGGCACCCUUGCUGUUUCUCCACUAAAGACUGUCAAUAACAGUGUUGACUAUCAGGACAUGUUGGAUGCACUGGAAGCGAUUCACGGCACCUUUCGGCAGAUUCGAUCUCUAUCUCGAAGGCAAAAAGAUCAUCUGAAGAGAUUCCGCGGGGGGAUUGAAACUGCAACUGAUCAGCAGUUCUCCAUGCCCAUUCAGUGCACAGACCGCGCAUCAGAAGCCGAAAUGCCCGUCUUCGCAACGUCGAGGUCGACGGUGGAUAUUCCGACGCCACUGGCAUCGCGCGGUGCUAGCCCCGAUGAUAGGGACUUUGUAGACUCUCUCACCAAGUUUAGUGUCAAAUUCCCGCCUCCUGCGGACAGUGAAUAUGACUUCCUGAACAGUGCCCCAGACAGGCACGAUGCUCAGCCUGUACCUGUGAGGCGGCCCCACGACGGUAUCCUUACAGCAGCCAACGUCAAGGAAGAGGAGGAGGAGCCCUCGGAGUUGCCUGUGCCUUUUAUCAUCCAUACAUUCCCCUCCCACUCGACAGCCUCCUCACUAUCCCAGGAGGAGGACGUUCGGGGGCCGCAGCAGGUGAGAAACAGUCUUUGUGGAGCCCAGAGUUGUGUGAGGCACCCGACGUGGAAGCAGAGUUGGCGACGUCUCAGAGCAGCAUCCCAGAUAAAUGUGCUUUCUGCCAUGCCGUGGUUCCUCAGGAUGAAAUGAAGAGCCAUCUUUACUCCCAUUUCCUCAAGCAGUAAAAUAAGCAAGAAAUGUGCAUGGGAUUUAUGGACCAGCAUAUCAAGGCUCCAAGCUUCUCCUAAAUUUCGUUUCCCUCCCAAGGAAGAAACCCACCGGUGACUUUGAACUGUUGCUGCCCAGAGACGUAAUGUAAUUGUGGUCGGGUGUUGCCCGCCGCUUUCUAUGUUGACUGUAUGGGACACUGCAUUGAGACUUGAAUCAAUGUUAUUUAAUAUUGAAUAAUUGAAUGGUACAGUCCCCAUACGUGUGCGUGUGUGUGCGUUUUUUUUAGGUUGCAUUAUGAGGAAAUAAAGCCAACAAUGAGUCCUUUUAUUUGAAAUUGCGCAAUAGUGUAAUCAUUUUGUUUAUAUUGUUCGAAAUACAUUUUUAGAGUUUAUACAUCCAUUCUUUUUAGACACUGCUUAUCCUUGUUGGGGUGCUGGAUCCUAUCCCAGCUGACUUCAGGCGAAAGGCAGGCUCUACCCUAAACUGGUCUCCAGUCAGUCGUAGGGCACACACAGAGACCGAGAACUAUUCACACUCACAAUCACACCGCCACUGAGCGGGAAACGAUAACACGCUGCCUGCGCCGAAGUCUAGUGGACGAACUACUACACCAUCAGCAGCUAAUACAGUUUAUAUAUUUUUUAAAAUUUAGAACCAAGAACAUUUUUGGUGCUUUAUUUCUCUAGGCUAUCAAACUCAUUUUUGUCAAGGGGGCACAUAGCAGUUUCCCUCAGAGGGCCAUUCAAAAUGCAUAGUCUUGUGUAUUAUUGCAUCUACACAACAAAUUGCUUCAUAAUGACAGUUGUAUUCCUCAACUAUUUUAAAUGUAUAUAAAAAAGGGUAUGGAUAUGAAAUUCAAAUAGUUUCAUUUUAUUAUGUCACUCAGUCUGUUCAUGACCAAAUGCGCCAGAGACCAAUUGCCCUCUCCAAACAAGCCAGGUAAGGAAGAGAGUACCAAACAAGACUACGUAUUAUCAGAGCUGUCACACUAGUCAAAUGUACCGGACAUCUUGGCCUAGGCCAGUGCUUCUCAAUUAUUUUCUGUCACGCCCCCCCAAGGAAGACGUAAAUGUUUCGCGCCCCCCCAAACUCUCUGCCGCCACUGUAAAUAGUAUCAUUUGUCUAUAAAAUUACUAUUAUAAAUACGCAUCUGCCUAACAUUGUGUCCUUUUUUUCUAAUAAAGAAAAAAAGUAACAUAGAUCAACUUAUUAGAAAGUAUAACUUUAUUAACAUUGUUUUGUUUGUAACAGAGAAUACUUGACGUGCAUCAAUUUGCCUGAAUUAAAAAAAAAAAAAAAAUUCACAUCCAAACUAAAAAAUACACUCAAGGUACAUUUUUGACCAUUUGAUACGGAAAAAUAAAAUAAUAAAAUCAGUAAAUAAUACCAAAUUAAAAUUGAUUAGAAACAUUCACUCAUGAGGACAAUGUGCCAAAAAAUUUGACCGAAAAAACAAAUCUGAAUAAAAGGGGGAAAAAAGUGUCCUUGGACAGGACAGUUUUUAUUUUUGCUGCUCACAGUAUUUGCCUCCUUUGCAAUGGUGUGGAGUUAUUUUGCAAUUAGCAUGCUAACAAUGCUCACUGGCUUACUGAUAUAACACUGACAAAGCAGGACGAUUGUUGGCAAUAUUUGGCACGUUUUCACUGAAAAAAUUAAGCGGCUUAACAAUGAGAUUGGGGUCUAAUGUCUUUAAGUGGCGUCUUAAUUGAUUACGCUUCUUGCUGUCUGCUAUAAUUAUUUUUAGACACAGUAAACAGUGGUCUUUCAUCAUCACCCACUGUAUUAAAAGUCAAAGCUAAAAGGCAAACGGCACGAAUAAAGCGCAUUCACGGCGGCCGAGGUAGAACCGUAGGUGAGGGCAGUCGUCGUGACGAUCCCAAGCCGAAAAUGGCACUUCUCGGGCGGCGACGUGAGAACCGGACAAGACAGUGGGUCGCUGCGUGAGUGAGUCCGGUCGGAAAACAGCUUUCGAAAACGGCGGUGGCACAAUGCUCUUCAUAUCUGUUGUCUCUGUGUGCUGAGUGCUCUUCCUUAGUUCAAAAAUACUGCGCGCACUCUGAAAAUGAGAGCGCCACUGCCACCUACUGAGUGGAUGUGCAAGUACACUUUAU